CACAACUUCUUGCGACGCAAUCGCCAUCGUGGCUUCGCUAAGAACUAUAGGCUCGCGACUUGCGCCGUAUCGCAAAAUGUCUGCUAGCAGUGAACGCCGUGAGAUUGUCAUUGUGGGUGGUGGUAUUGUCGGAUGCUGUUCGGCUUACUACUUAACGCGCCAUCCGUCCUUUGAUCCAUCACGCCAUUCGGUCACUCUCAUCGAAGCUACUGAGAUUGCAGGAGGAGCAUCGGGAAAAGCCGGUGGUUUGCUGGCCUUGUGGGCAUAUCCAAGCAGCAUCGUGCCGCUGAGUUACAAGUUACAUGCUGAUCUGGCCAAGGAGCACAAUGGCAAAGACCGAUGGGGUUACCGAGAAGUCAAUUGUGGCCAGCUCAUCAUUGAUGGUCGACAAUUGCCUGAAAAGAAAGAGAAAGGCGGAAGCGAGUCGAAAGAGUCUGUGUCGCUUCAGAAGCGAAGCGCUGCUGCCUUAGAGAAGCUGAAGUCUGCCCGCGUCCCGAAGGACUUAGACUGGGUUGAGCCUGAGCUCGUGAGAGGCUAUGAGAGUAUGAGCGAUCCCGGAGAGACAGCUCAAGUUCAUCCCUAUCUGUUCACCACUUCCAUCGCGAAACUAGCCGAGGAAAGUGGCGCAAAGAUCACCCUGGGCUCUGUUACUGGCAUCAACUACUCUGACGCUGCCGUCCAGUCGGUGACCUAUACUGAUAAGACGUCCGGGGAGUCGCAAACUAUCUCUGCAACAGAUGUCAUCGUUGCUGCCGGCCCCUGGACUAGAACUGUCUUGCCAAAAGCACCCAUCACGGCAACUCGUGCCCACAGUGUUGUGAUCCGUCCCGAACAACCGGUCAGCGCAUAUACGCUUUUCACCAGCAUUGCAUUACCGGCCAACUUUGAUCCAAGCAAGCCCUCGCGUCCGAAUGUUGCGAGUCCAGAAAUCUAUGCUCGACCGGACGAUACUGUCUACGCUUGCGGCGAGGGCGAUCAAACUGUUCCUCUGCCUCCAACGUCCGCCGAAGUCGAGGUGGAUGACGUGCGAUGCCAAGAGAUAAUCAAACAGGUUGGCAGUAUAUCUGAUCGCCUUCGCAAUGGAGAGAUUUGUGCGCGACAGGCUUGCUAUCUGCCAAAUGUGGCCGCUGCACGCGGGGGCCCAAUGAUUGGCCAUACAGGUACGAAGGGGUUGUAUCUGGCAGCUGGCCACACUUGCUGGGGUAUCCAGAAUGCACCUGGAACUGGUAAACUCAUCAGCGAGUUCGUCUUCGAUGGAGAGGCUAAAAGUGCACGCAUUAAAGCGCUUGACCCUAGAGCAUAUUUUUGAAGGAGGUAAUAUAGAUAGAAGCCGAAUAAAGUUGAUACUGUGG